ACCUGUGUGUACAUGUGAAUUGAUAUGCACAUGGACACUGUCUGUAUUGAUUGCACAUUUGUGUCCUGCCUCUUUUCCACUGCUCCAAUUUGGCUGCAGGUGCAAAGCCAGGCCUACCUUGGUGCUUCUUCAGAACUAGCCCACAUUUUCUAAAUUUUCUGUGGAAACAAAAUCAGCUAUUUGAGCUGCAUCUGCAUGUCAUCAGUUGAGAGCAAAAAAGUAAAAAAAAUAAAGAAAGUAUACAAUAAGCACAGUUAAAGCUGAAUGUACAUGCAAAUACUUUGUAGGCGAACUGUCAAAAUACACACUAAUGUAUUGUCAUGAAAAUAUUGUGGGGUUCCAUACAGGCUCAUGUAUAAAUAUGAUUAUUUAUUUUUAAUAAAAAUUUACUUAUAAAACCGAUAUUUAUUAAUAUAUAUUUUUUAUGUAAAUAAGUAAUGUAUUAACUUAAUAAAUUUAAAUAUUAGCGGGACAAUGUUGUCGGCAAACUAUGAGAGACGAAGAAGAAAGCAAGGGGCACUGCAAUAGCUUGAUCCAGUGUACUCUUUGAUGGAGUUGCUCGACCCGUAAAGCCUGUUCAGUUAUUAAGUAUCCAGUCCCAAACGCUUAAGUAUGAUCACCUCAUACAAACCGACUGAGUGUUUGAAAAUGAAAAUAUUGCACAUUACUGACGGACUGCUGUAAAGUACAGCACACAGAUCAGUAAACAGAGUGACCUAUAACGGUGCAGUUAUGGCUGAGCUUUUCUAGCAGCCAAUAGGAUGCGCGAGUGUGACGACACUGAUGACGCGGAGCUGUUUGGCGCGGAAGUUUGUUUUGUAACUUCGGUGUCUGGUCGUCCGUGGCUUCGUCUGCUCAGUAAAAAUGAUGCGCAAAAAGCGACGCUCCUCCGUGGAUAAAGGAGAGGGAGCUCCUGCAGCACCUAAAGUGAAGAAGAGUCGCAGCGCUGGUCGCCAGUCUAAGGAAGCUGCCCCAGAGGAGACCAGUCAGUGUGUGUUUGUUGACUUUGUCAGAGUGGCCGGUGUCACAUUGAGACAGGGCGGCAUGCCUAACGAGAUAGGUGUUGACCAAGUAGUAUUUCAGAGACGAAUACAGCAGCAAAUUCAGAAGAGCCCCAGGUAUCCUGGUAUCAUUCAAGAAUUCAUCACAGCACUGGAGUCAUAUAUGGAGAACACUGACAGGUUUAGGAACUGCCUUCUUCCAUGCAUCCCACAGUCGUCUAAUCGAGACUCCAGUUCUGUCAGUUCAUUCCAGGAAAGCCUGCUGCGGAUGUUGUUGGGGAUUGAAAUGUUACAGACUUCCAUCAUUAACACCUUGCUUGAGAAGCUCCCUGAGUAUAUGUUAGAUAGUACCAGCGAUGGAGGAGUUAGUAUCCCACGCAUUAUUAUUAACCAACUCAAAUGGCUAGACAGAGUUGUGGACACUAAGGAUUUGGCGUCGAAGCUCAUGGAGUUGGUGUCAGUAGCUCCGGCGGAGGUUCAGUGUGACAUCAUCACCAGUUUGCCAGAGAUACUGGAAGACGCCCAGCACAAUGAUAUAGCCAGGGAGCUCAACUCUUUACUCCAGGAGAAGACUCAGUUGACCGUUCCCAUCCUGGAUGCCCUUUCUAGUCUUAACCUCGCAUCUUCAUUGCUGACAGAGGUCCGUGGAGCUGUUAUGGCCACGCUGGCUGCUGUGCAGCUAGAGGACCUCCCCGUAGUGGUCAAGUUCAUCCUGCACUCUGUGUCGGCCUCUGAUGCAUACGAGGUUGUCUGUAAUCUUCGAAAAAAGCUGGAGCUUGAGCAAUGCGUCCUUCCGCCUGUGCUGCAAGUCUCUCAGAGUCGUAUGAAUAGCAAAGCACCAGGCGGGUCUGCCUCCGCGGCAGCAGCUGGCAGCAGCCAGGACAGCAUCUCGUUGAUACUGGACUGCAUCAAGUCUGCAGUGCGAUUCCAGAAAACCAUUUCUGAGGCUUGGAUCAAGGCCAUAGAGUCUGUGGAUGAGGUGGAGGGGCAUAAGGUCAUGGAUCUCCUGGUGCUGCUCAUUCUUCACUCCACCAAUGCCAACCAGAGCCGACGGGGGGCAGAAAGAGUGCUGAAGGUCAAAGUGAGAAACGGACUGAUCCAAGAGGCUCUGUUACAGAGAACCUUCAGGGACUACGCUCAGGUCAUGCGAGGGUACUUCCCCUCCACCCUUGCUUUAGCUCAGAGUUUGGUACGCUCACCCGACCCCUGCGUGGUGCCUUUCGGAGGAAACAUGUACCUACAUGCCUUCACUGCGUUUGACUCUUACUGCCAUCAGGAGGUGGUGGGCUCUCUCGUGACCCACGUGUGCAGUGGUGUGGGUGGAGAGGUGGACGUAGCUCUGGAGCUGCUCUGUGGUCUGGUUAACGAGAAACCCUCGGAAAUGGCCAUGUAUGCUGUUUUUGUCAAGGGAAUCUUGGACUACAUGGACAACCUCACUCCGCAGCAGAUUCGAAGACUUUUCCACCUUCUGAGCAAACUGGCCUUUGGACAGAAGCAAGGAUCUCACAUUCAGGAUGAUAUGCACAUAGUGAUCCGCAAACAGCUCUCCAGCACUGUGCCCAAGUACAAGCGCAUUGGCAUCAUUGGUGCUGUGAUGAUUGUAGGCAGCAUGGGGGCUUUCAGGUCCAAAGCGAAGGAAUCGCAGAGCAGGUCGCUGUCCCAGGAGACAAUCAGACAGGUGACGGCUCUGUUGGAGCUGGUGAAGUCGAGCAGUGAAAGCUCACCUGAGGCUGCAGCUCUUUAUUAUGAUGAACUGGCCAACCUGAUUUUGAGCUCUACUCUGGACUCACAGGUCCAGGACAUGAUUGGAAAAAGUGUCCUUCAAGACUUUGAGGAUGACUUUGUAGUGGACCUGGGCCCGGAAAUAUCAGGGUCCUUUCCCUUUCCGGCCCGUGCAAUGUACAAAUUGUAUGAAGAUGAGGAUCAGGGAGGCAUUGCUAUCAACCUGAUGCCUCUACUGGCCAAAGACAUCCAAAACAAAGGAGAUUUGCAAAAUCAAGUCAAUAAGGCACAUAAGCGAGUGUCUUCUCUGUGUUUGUCCCCAUUUUUCCGUCUCCUGAGGUUGUGUGUGGAGAAGCGGCAUCAGGGAGACUUGGAGGAAAUUGACGGCCUUCUGGGGUGCCCUCUGAUCCUAACAGACAUGGACGUAGUAGAGAAAGUUGAGAGCUUGUCAAAAGCUGAGAGGGAGUUCCUCUGUACUUUGCUCUUUCACACCAUCAAUUGGUUCAGAGAGGUGGUAAAUGCAUUCUGUACACAAAAAGACACAGAUAUGAAGAUGAGAGUACUGACUCGCCUGCAGAACAUCACUUAUCUUCAGACACUGUUGGAGAGAGCUCUGGCAGGAACACCUGGCUAUGUGCCACCUAUUGCUAAUUUUGACGGAGACAGUACAGAUGGGAUUGUACCUAAUUCCACUGUUCCUGUGAAUAAGAUAAAGAAAGAUGGCACAGGAAAGAAAAGGAAGGCCUCUGGUAAGAAUUCUUCAGAAAGCAGCUCACAGGCUGAAGAGGCGACAGAAGCAGAUGAAACUCAGCAGGAGCAGCCAGAAAAGGAGAAGGUAAAGGAGAUCCGGCCAGGUGUCAGCCUGGCGUCCUACAGACCGUUUUUUAGGGAGCUCGACAUGGAGGUGCUUAGCGUUCUGCAGUGUGGGCUGCUGUCACGCUCGCUGCUGGACUCUGAGCUCCACACAAAGGUGCGAGAGGAGGUUCUGCUGGGCCCUGCUGAGCUCGUCUUCCUCCUGGAGGAUAUGCUUCGCAAAUUAGAGUUUAGUCUAACAGCUGCCCCGGCCAAAAGAGCUCCAUUCCUCAAGGGAAGAACUGAUAAGAGUGUGGGCUUCUCCCACCUCCAGCAAAGGAGCUCUAAGGAUAUUGCCUCUUGUUGUGUCCAACUUAUGCCUGCUCUCUGCUCACACCUGGAGAACUGCCACAACCACUUCCAGAUUAUGCUAUCUGAAAACAACGGCGUUGUUGAUGGACCUGCAACAGAUGUGGAGGAAUACCAGUUAAUGUCUUCAGCCUAUCAGCUGCUCCUGCAGGUCCUGAACACUACCUUCAGCUGACACAGUUUUGAAUAUCUGCUCAACUUCCGCAGCACAGUGCCAAAUCUCAGCAUAGCUCUGUGUCUCUCUCAGCUUCUCUCCACUGUGUCAGAGAAAGGAGGAAAUCCUGCCGCUUACAGAGAGCAGACUGCGUCCCUUGCACGGCGUUUCUUGAACCAGGACUGGGUGACGGCCAGUGGCGAGAAGGAGCGAGGCACCAAAUUCAAUGAAGCACUUCACACUCUCCUGAGCAUCUAUCUGGAACAUGUUGAUGAUAUUCUAAAGGCAGUGGAGGAAAUAGCUGCUCAAGGAAUCCCAGAGCUCAUCAAUGCAUCAAAAGAUGAGAGCUCUGCUUCCUGGCCCACUCUCAGCAGGCAGACAUUCCUGGUGUUCUACAAAGUCUUGAUGGCAGAGCUUGAGAAAGCUGUUCGCAAGAUUCCUGCUAGCAAAAUGAGUGACAACACUGAGGCUCAGAGUGAGAAACUGCUGACAUGGAAUCUGGCUGUCAGGGACUUUCACAUCCUGGUCAACCUGGUUAAGGUUUUUGAUUCUCGGCCCGUUCUCAACGUGUGCUUAAAGUAUGGCCGCCUUUUCCUGGAGUCUUUCCUGAAGUUGGGAAUGCCGCUAUUGGACUACAGUUUCAAAAGGCACAAGGAGGACGUCCAGAGUUUGCUGAAGACCUUCCAGCUCAGCACUCGGCAGCUUCAUCACAUGUGUGGACAUUCUAAGAUGCAUCAGGAUACCAGCUUGACCAACCACGUGCCAGCCUUGAAGAAGAGCCUCGAGCUGUUUGUAUACAGAGUGAAGGCCAUGCUGACGCUCAACAACUGUCAGGAGGCCUUUUGGAUGGGUAAUCUGAAGAAUCGCAACCUGAAGGGGGAAGAGAUUCUUUCUCAGAGGUCACAAGAAGAUGAUGAUGAUGAUGAUGAUGAUGAGGAGAAGGAGCAGCAGCUAGAGCGUUCACCACCUCCACAGGAGCAGUCAGAAGAUGAGGCCCAGGAGAGUGACUCUGAGGGAAUUAAAAAGGUUAACAGGGUGGAGAAUGUGGACCAGGAGGAUACUUCAGAUGACUCUGAGUAAUACGUCUUUACUGACAUAAUAAUAAAUGUUUGAAUCUUCCUAUUUUCAUUUUGUUUCUAUUUACAGGUGAACAAAUCUCAUUACUGUUAAUCCUAUUAAAUAAGUUAUCACACUAGGGCACAGUGUUAAAAAAAAGUGUUACAUUUGAAAGUGGUGGAUGAAUAUGUCAUUCAUAUGUUAUAUUUUAAAAUGCUUACCAAUUUAACGAUUCCGAUAAAAUACCUUGUUUAUCAGCUUUGAAACUGUAAAAA